AAAAACGUCAGAGCGACAGCAGUAACGUCUCGUUACUUCAAAGUAAAACAACAGGAAUUCGUGUUGCGCACCUGGCGCGGCUUUCAUCAACUGGAGCCUAACCCGGCGAAAUGGCUAAUCCGUUUCGCUGGUGUCGAGUGUCGCACGACUGCGUGUUCCAGAUUAAUGUGGUUCUGGUGGUGGUCGGAGUGAUCUUUCUGCUUGACGUGCUCAGCCACCUCUAUCUGAAGGCGGUCAUGUUUCCAGGCCUUCGUCUAUACCCGGUAGCCUUGCGGCCCUGGCUCUUUUGGGUGCGCGCUUUGACAAUGGUUGCCUACAUUCUGAACGCCGUUCUUGGGAUUCACAUGGCCCGACGACCUACCGCCUUGAAGUACGCUGGCUAUAUGCUCGUUGGAAGCGUGGUGUUGCUGUACACCAUAAGCAUCGGAGUGACUCGCUUCAUGUACCGUAAGAGAUUCGAGUUCUUUGCCGAGAUGCUGGUGCUGCAGAUGUGGGUAAGAAACAGUCUUGGCAAGGUCGAAGUAGAGUUCGAGUGCUGCGGAAGGACCAGCGUAGUCGACUACCAGACAGCAUCGAGCAACCGCACCUGGCCCAUUGGCUCUUGCUGCGGGCAGCAGAACUGCACCGGCUGCACUUCGAAGCUUAGCCAGUACCUGUGGACCAUCGAGAUGGAUGUGGCAAGGGAUAAUAUUAUCGUAUCCGUUCUCUUGUUCGUGGCGAUGAUCGUAAUGUUUUUACACUUCAAGGAUGUGCAAGACCACGACGACUCUAGUGAUGUGGAUGAGACAUCAGAACUGGCAGACGACUCGGACGCCAAGGAAUAAGCCCCAUUUCUAUCUAGUCGUGACGGUCCUAAUGCAUUUUUUCUUAACACAUCUCUGGCC